AUGGACAAAUACCAACGUGUCGUCAUCAUCGGAGCCGGUGCCUUUGGUCUCGGCACUGCACUGAGACUCAAGGAAGAAGACUACAAGUCAGUCACAAUCCUGGACCGAUCCGUACCCCCAGUCCCAGAUGGAUCAAGCAACGACAUAUCCCGUGUCAUUCGCUUUGAUUAUGGAGAUCCCAUUUAUGCAGAGAUUGCAAAGGAAGCAUUCGACCUAUGGAAGACCCCCAAUUAUAAGGAAGCGUUCCACCAAACACCCUGCUUGUGGGUAUGUCAAGAUGGAACUCCAGAGCAGCCAGUGCAACCUCGUGCCCAAGAAUACAGCCGCAAGACAAAGCGCGUCUUGACUGAGAUGGGCCAGGAAUGGGUCCCCGUCGGAAGCGUGGAAGAGGCCAAGCAACACUUUCCCAAACUGACCGGGCGACUUGCUACACCUGGCUUCGAUGGCUUCUAUAACACCUCCGCUGGCUGGGCAGAUGCAGGUCUUGCUUGCACUCGUCUCAUGUCUCGCUGUGCUUCAGCCGGUGUCAACUUCAUCACCGGGCCUAAUGGUCAGGUUGAGGAGUUUGAGAAGAACCCGGAUGGAACUAUCAAAUCCGUUCGGACCAAGAAUGGGCGAGUUGAAGGUGAUCAUUUCAUUGUUGCCACUGGUGCUUGGACUUCAAGUCUGAUUCCUGCUUGGAACUCAAUGCUUGCUGCAGGUCAGGUUGUUGGAUACGUGCGCUUGACGCCAGAGGAAGUCGCUGAACUGAGAGAUCUUCCCAUUUAUUUCAAUUUCUCUACUGGAUUCUUUGCUUUUCCCCCUCACGAGCCGACCGGCUACCUCAAAGUUGCCUGUCAUGGCUUUGGCUAUACUCGAUCUGAGCCUUCGGUCGUGUCGGCACCGCCUAGUUCAGCAGUGGCUUCGCGAGCGAACUAUAUUCCUGCUGAUGGUCUCGAGCGUCUUACGGCUGGAAUGAAGGAUCUUUUCCCCCAAAUUGCAUCACGAGGGUUUGAAAAAGUUGGGAUCUGUUGGUAUAAUGAUACCCCAACCGGCGACUUCAUCUUCGACUAUCAUCCGGAGCACAAGAAUUUGUUCAUUGCUACUGGCGGUAGCGGACACGCUUUCAAGUUCUUACCGGUGAUUGGAAAGUAUAUUGUAGGAAGCUGGCAACGAAAGCUGUCAGAUGAGUUGCUUGAGAAGUGGAAGUUCCCUACCCAGUUUCGUGAGCGCUUCCAGGGCGAGGUAUUCACAGGAGAUGGAAGCCGUGGUGGACCUGAGCGAAGGGAAUUGACAGCUGAAGAACUCGACACUUUCGACACGGCUUUGAAAGCUUCUGGAUCUCGACAGAGCAAGAUUUGA